UCGUACUCUUAAUGGAUUCACCAGAGAGAUCUCUUCAAAGAAAUGGUGAUGAUUCACCAAAAAUUUAUGCUACAUCGUCAUACCAUCAGUCGGUCGAAUCCCUAGGUCCAACUGCUUCUGAAAGCACAGUAACUGACCAAACUCCGAGACUUUCGCGCGUUGACUUCAGGUCGACCGAAGAAGACUCAGAAAUCAGCGAGGAGGUUCCUCUACUGGGACAAAGAUAUGCCUCACCAGAACGAGUGGAUGCACUGGAGAGGCAAUACGCAGCAAUCCAAUCAAAAACGAAUCCUCGCCAAGAGUAUGUAGUAAAUGUGAGCAAUAAUAAAGAUCACACCGAUCUUAACUUUGAGACCAAUUCAUAUGAUGAAACCGACUCGGAGAACGGUGCAACAGCAAUGACGUCAUCACGUCGUAAAUCCAGAGUAAACACAGACGUUUGUUUUCCUAUGAUAGAAGCCGCAUCAAAAAAAGGAAUAGAUUAUGAAGCACUUGAGGAUCACAUUAGAACAGAAAAUGAAAAACGUAAGAGAGAACAGAGAAGGAGACAGAGAAGGUUGAGCGAACCUGCCUCAGCAUUCACAAGGAAAUCAUCGGGAACAAGUUAUAAUGCUUACGAGGGAUUGGACAAAAAGCACCCAUCUGAAUCCACAUAUCGGUACACAUUUUAUUCGACGGCAUAUAGCACUGUGCAUGCUCGGUCAUUAUCUGAAGUUCCACCAGCAGGAUUAACCCUUUCGGACAUGAUGAAAGCCGGAUGUUGGUGGAUUGAUGUCCUAUCACCGACUGAUACAGAGAUGCGAGAUUUCGGUAGGAUUUUUGGAAUUCACCCUCUUACUGUUGAGGACAUUGAAAUAGAGGAAACUAGAGAAAAGUGCGAGCUAUUCAAAGAAUAUUAUUUUAUUUGUUUCCGAUCAUUCGAUCAGGAUCAUUAUUCUCCUACAUACUUGCAACCCGUGAGUCUUUACAUGGUAGUCAUGAAAGAGGGUAUCAUUUCGUUCCAUUUUCGACCAACGCCACAUCCUUCGAAUGUGAGACGACGCAUAAAACAAUUAAAAGAUUAUAUUACGGUUACACCCGAUUGGAUUAAUUAUGCAAUUAUCGACGAUAUUACUGAUUCAUUUGCCCCACUUAUCCGUACUAUCGAGUUUGAAGUCGAUUCGAUUGAUGAAUUAGUUUUAAUUUUAAAAGAAUCUGAACAAACCGACAUGUUACGUCGGAUUGGUCAUUGUAGAAAAAAAGUUUUAGGUUUGUUAAGGCUUUUGGGAAAUAAGGCCGAUGUAAUGAAAGGGUUAAUUAAAAGAUGUAGUGAUCUCAAGUGGGAUGUUGUCAUCAGCAACGAAAUAGUGUUAUACAUGGGUGACAUACAGGAUCACAUUAUUACUAUGGUCCAAAAUUUGAAUCACUAUGAAAUGAUACUCUCUCGUUCCCACUCAAAUUAUUUAGCUCAAAUUUCCAUUGAAAUGACACAGGCUAACAACCAGAUCAAUGAUAUUUUGUCCCGUCUUACUGCGCUAGGCACAAUAUUAAUUCCGAUGAACCUUGUCACAGGUUUAUGGGGAAUGAAUGUACAAGUCCCUGGACAGGAAGCGGGAGGGUUGACUUGGUUCAUCUCUAUACUGGCAGGGUUGUUGAUAUUCGCCAUUAUAGGAGUAGUGAUGGCGCAUAGAACGGGGAUAGUAUAA